AUGGGAUCGAUAUUUCCGCAGACGACCCUUUACAAACAAACAAACAAAAUUAGAAACUUUAUAGCUUUAAAAAUAACAUGGUUAAUAUUAGUUUGUAUCAUACAUAUACAACCAUAUUCAUUUGCAGGUAAUAACAUCAUAUUACAGUUUGUGGAAAUGUAUUGUGUGUGGGGAAAUCUACCGCUGAUGACAGCGGUCUCGUAUAUUUUGUUUACUAACUUGGUACAUACGUUAAAAAUCGCUACUAUAUUGUACUAUGGGGAAAUGAUAAGGAGUGUGAUUCAUGAAGGCGAUGAAGAAAUGAGAGGUGCUGCUGAUUCUGAAGAAGGGAAAGUCAUAGUGCAAAGGUCAAUGCAUUUUCUGUUGAAGCUCUUCAAAGGAAUCAGAUAUAUAUUGAUAAUUAUCAUCAUCAGCCCUAUUAACGCUCCCACUGCAGGGGCUCAGGCUUUCCUUAUGGGUGGUUUGUGAGGAUGGGCCAUAGCCCUCCACGCUGGCCCAAUGCGGGUUAGAG